CAGUUGCAGCCAGCGUCAGGGAUGGACACCUCUCACAAUGUCAUAGUCUCUAAGAAGAAGUGUUUGUGUGCAAACUUGGAUCAUUAAAACUUGUUUUGGAAGUCUGGAGUGCACUACUACGCCCCUGGUUCUCCGAGAUUGUAGUCUUGUUGGGUGUUCUGGCCAGAGACCGUAGAAACUAAACAACAGAAAUCGAUGCGGCAUUCUUGUCAAAUAGAAAGCGGCCGGACAAAGAUUGUCACAUCGUCUCAGCUGUGGAAACAUAAAGGAAUCUCAACUGCAUUCGAGACAAGGAAGAACCGCCUAGACACCAAUGCAUUGUUCACACGCUCCUAAGCAUGAAAGACCUCAACUGCUCAGUUAGCUGCUGCCUGUCAACGGGAACGUGUCGGUGAACCUGUCAGUCGUCGUGUUGGAAGUGCCAAUGUGGUUACGAGUGAUAAGGUUUUACAGUAGCAGAGGGUACGUUGGGAGGAGGGGCGUUGGGGACGAGUGUCAGAGACAGUGUUACUGUUAUGUCACCUAUUAUUAGACAGUAGUUAUAAAGACUAUCAAGAUUAGUGAUAAUUAGUAGUCUGUUAUAUCAGCGCCGCCGUGUGUGUGUGUGUGUGUGUGUGUGUGUGUGUCUAUGGAGGACAGAAUUAGAAUAGAAUUCAAAUUUGCUUGGCAACAAAGAGCUGUGGUGAAAUGCUGCUGAUGAACAAUAGUGAUGUGGGAGCUUUGUGUAACAGUAGUAGUGGUGGGGGCCAGGGCAAUGGGACAGACGGGACCGAGAUGACGAAGUUGUUGGUGCCCAUGCUGGACGGCCUCAUCCUGGUGACAGGCCUGGCGGGCCACUGCCUAGUCAUCUCCAUCCUGGCCGGCCGCAGGAGGCGAGGUGGAAAGCCUCCUCAUGGGACAGACACCCUGCUGCUGGCUCUGAGUGCUGCUGACCUGCUGCUGUUGCUCUGCCUACCCUUCCACACCGCGGCCAUCGCCCUGGGCUCCUGGCCCUUCGGCAGCUUCCUCUGCAAGGUCGUCAGCUUCCUGGGCGUGGCCUGUUCUUCCGCCUCAGUCUUCACGCUGGCUGCGCUCGCCGUGACCCGCUACCUGACUGUGGUCCACCCCGCCUGGUCCUUCCGCUCUCGCAUGCACAGCCGCCUCAAACUGACCGUGGCGCUCCUCUGGGUUCCCGCCGUAGCCCUGGCAGCUCCGCAGUUUGCUUUCCGCACGGUGGCGGUGUCCAGCGCGUUACACUGCUUCGCCUUCCUGGGCGGCCUCAGUCAGCUGGUGUACAGCACGGCGUUGUUCCUGUUUGCCUUCGCGAUACCAUUGGGGGUUAUUGUGAUGAUGUACGCCAAGAUCUACUGCUUCCUGCGCCAGACGAGAGUGUCGGGACGUGCCCCCCAGCUGGAGCGCUACCAAAGCCAGGUGACCCACACGUCAGCGCUGUUGGUGCUGGUCUUCACCCUCUGCUGGCUGCCCUCCUACGGCCUCAUGUUCUCCCUCUUGGGGGUCAAGAUCUCUGGUGUCUCCAGCUACCGCUCCGUAGCAAUCUUCAUCCGCCUACUGGCGUCUUCAGCCGCGGUGGUUAACCCCGUCCUCUACGUGUUCAUGUCCAAUAAGUUCAGGAGGGAUCUGAUGGACUUGGGCCAGGAGAGAUGGGAGGGUUGCAGGGGGUGUACGGCAGGGUGCCCGGGGGUGUUCAGGGGCAGGGACAUGGUGCGACCCUUCAACCCUGUGGAGCUGGAUACGCCAACACUACCCUUACCCGGAUUCUAAGGGUUACUAUGAAAGGUCUAUGGACAUUCUGUGGAUACUUAACAGAUAUUCUGUAGAGCUUUAAUGACCCUCUAUGGACACUAUGAACUUUCUAUGGUUCAUUUAAGGACCACUAUGGACCCUACUUUGGACAGUGGGGCAACAUGUUUGAUUUGAAUAAGAUCGGUCUUACAACCUCAUUUCAAUAAACAC